AUGCCUCCAAAGCCUUCCAAUUCCAUCCCUUCGAGGGCGCGAAAAUCGGCAAAAGAUCUGCAGCUACAACCAUUAUCACCGCUGGCUGAGAGGCCCAAAAGACCGAAAAAGGUCGUCACUGGUCUAGAAGGCGGCCGGGAAGCGGCCGCGGUCUGGCAGAAGAAGCUGGAAGCCGUCGAGCAAGAACUCGAGGCGGCGAAUCGGAUUGCGGAUAGCAAGAAGAACCAUGAGGCUGCCGCUGCGACUUUGCGCGCUCAGCUGAAGAAAGUGACACAAGAACGUGAUGAGGCGUAUCAGAUGGUCAUUGACUGUGGUCGCUGCCCAUCUGAUGCGAAGGAGAAGGCCCGCGCCGGUCUCGAGGCGCCCGCUGAGAAUGUUCAGCCUGACCCAUCCCUGACGACCAUCCCAGAGGUUCCCGAGCCUGUUCAGACCUUGACUGAAUCAGCUAAAGCUAAAGUCGAAAGCCCUAAGUCUAGGCAGUCGAGUGAAGGCAAACAGUCUUCAGGAUCAAAGCAACCAGCCAAAGGCAAGCAACCGGCGAAAGAAGCAGCGUCUCAGUCAACCGCAUCCACGCCAAAGGAAGCCGCGAAGGGAAAGCAGCCAGCAAGAGAGGUCACUCCAGAGCCAGCUAUACCUCAGGCGAAGCAAACCUCGAAAGAGAAGCAGUCAGGAAAGGAUGUUGCGAAAGAGGCGGCUACAUUCAUCCUUGGUGCCGCUAACAUGGGGCGUCAAGAGGACCUUUUGGAGCACGUUGCGAAGCUCAAAAUGACCCCAUCUGAAAUGGAGGCGCAUGCAAAGAGGGUCAAGGAGGAAGCAGAAGCAUGGCUCCCAACACUGUCUUACACAUAUGGCAUGUUGGACCUUACCAUCACUGCGCUGUAUAAUUUCCGCAGAGCCGACGACUUGGUCAAGGCAUUUCGAAAGAUUGAGAACAAAUCUCCUUCGACAAAGCACUUGGAUAUUCCCACGAACAUGGCGUCUAUGAUUCAUAUGCGGAAGACAUAUGCCCGUCUUUUCGGCGACCUACACUCUUUGAAUCACACCAAUAUCUCUGCGCUGCAGAAGCUUUCGAUGCACCAGGAGCUUCUCGAUGAGAGGGCCAGUUAUCGCGCUCUUGUCCAAACAAUUCAAGAAUGCGGGAGGGCGCAGAUUGUGGAACCGAUGAUGGCAGCCGAGUAUGCCGACGGUGAUGAUGCGAUCUCCCUGGAGCAGCUGACCAUGUUCCAACACGCUAUCGAAGGUCUCAAUUGGCUAGGAAACCCACACCCAGAGUCAGGUGAUCUGGGGUGGAGGGAUGUGGUCGAUGAAAUCCAGGAGUCUUUCACGGACCUAACAUAA